UAGCAGGUCCAGAGUGGUAUUUUUUGCGAGAUUCGUUCUGGGAUUUUUUUGGGGUACUGGUGGUUGGUUCUGAGCAAGAAAGUUUGAGGGUGAUUCUUUUCUGGGUCAUUUUUGAGUGAUUUUGGAAGAGUUUGGAAAUGGGGUUGCUCAGUACUAUAAUGGGUGUUUUCGGGUUUGGAAUUGGAGCUCCAGUUGGGCUUGUGAUUGGAUACUACAUGUUCAUCUACUUCCUGCCAACACAUGUUGAGGAUCCUGAAAUUCGUCCUUUGGCUGAGCAAGACUCACAAACCUUGCAGCGCAUGCUUCCAGAGAUACCUUUGUGGGUGAAAAAUCCAGAUUUUGACCGAGUUGACUGGCUCAACCAAUUCAUUGGUUAUAUGUGGCCUUACCUGGAUAAGGCAAUUUCCACAACCGCUCGGAAAAUAGCAAAACCGAUUAUUGCCGAGCAAAUUCCGAAGUAUAAAAUUCAGUCAGUUGAAUUUGAAACACUUACCUUGGGUUCCCUGCCGCCAACUUUUCAAGGAAUGAAAGUUUAUACCACUGACGAUAAUGAAAUUAUUAUGGAACCUUCAUUUAAGUGGGCUGGAAAUCCUAACAUCACUGUUGCAGUAAAAGCAUUUGGGUUGAAAGCCACUGUUCAGGUUGUUGAUUUGCAAGUAUUUGCUUGUCCACGAAUCACCCUGAAGCCUUUGGUUCCAACCUUUCCUUGUUUUGCUAAGAUAUGUGUUUCACUCAUGGAGAAGCCACAUGUUGACUUUGGACUGAAGCUGCUAGGGGCAGAUGCAAUGGCCAUCCCUGGCUUAUACAGGUUUGUCCAGGAGCUCAUAAAGGAGCAAGUAGCAAAUAUGUACCUGUGGCCUAAAGCUCUAGAAGUACAAAUAAUGGACCCUUCAAAAGCCAUGAAAAAACCUGUUGGAAUUCUCAAUGUUAAAGUUCUUAGAGCAAUGAAGCUUAAAAAGAAAGAUCUCAUUGGGUCCUCGGACCCUUAUAUUAAAUUAAGGCUCACAGAGGAUAAGAUGGCUACAACAAGGAAAACUACUGUGAAACACAACAACUUGAACCCCGAAUGGAAUGAGGAAAUUAGUUUGGUGGUUAAAGACCCAGAGGCUCAGGUCUUGGAGCUUAACAUGUAUGACUGGGAACAGGUUGGCAACCAUGACAAGAUGGGCAUGAACGUAAUUCCCCUGAAAGAUCUUGUGCCUGACGAGCCAAAAGUUUUGACUCUUGAUCUGUUGAAAAAUAUGGAUCCAAAUGAUGCACAAAAUGAGAAGUCACGUGGGCAAAUGGUUGUGGAAGUUGCAUACAAGCCUUUCGCAGAUGAUGAGAUACCAGCUGAUAUCGAAGGUUCAAAUAUGGUAGAGAAAGUUCCUGAAGGAACACCUGCUGGUGGAGGUUUGCUUGUAGUAAUAGUCCAUGAAGCUGAGGAUGUUGAAGGAAAGCACCACACAAAUCCACAUGUGAGACUCCUAUUCAGAGGGGAGGAUAGGAAAACAAAGCGUGUAAAGAAAAACAGAGAUCCGAGAUGGGAAGAGGACUUCCAAUUCGUGCUGGAUGAACCACCGAUCAAUGAUAAACUUCAUGUUGAAGUAAUCAGUACUUCCUCAAAGUUGGGGCUACUGCAUCCCAAGGAAACUCUAGGUUAUGUUGUUAUUAGCCUGGCUGAUGCAAUAAACAACAAAAGAAUCAACGAAAAGUACCAUCUUAUUGACUCAAAGAAUGGCAAGAUACAAAUUGAGCUGCUAUGGAGAGCAGCAUCUUAAAGCUGGGAUGUGCUCUGUUGAUAGCAAACCAUGGGAGUUCCAUACUUUCUAAUGUUUGUGUUUGUGACUCAAAAUUUUAGGAGGCCUGUAAACAUUUUUCCCAGCAAACUCAGCUCUGUAGAUUUUUUUAUUUCCACUCCUCACCCCCUUAUAUGGGCCGACCUGCAGACCUGGUCCGUUCUUAAUAGUCCAGGCCUUCUAUGACAUGCAAAAUGAGGAAAGGUCCAUGGGCUGUAUAAGGCCCAAAUCAACAAAGUUGAAAAUUUCAU